AGUAGAAGCCGAAGCUAAACUGAAGGGUACAGAUAUCCUUCUCCCCUUAAGUACUUAUAGGCAUAUCUUUUUACGUUCACGCCUCCAGUCAUUGUCACAGAACUGUCCUUGCAAGAAGAAGAAAAGGGCAUACUAAAAAUGGUAGUUUCCGGCACCCAAGAGGAGGUUUCAGCCACUUAUGACCGGAACAAGGAGUUGAGGGAAUUCGAUGAUACUAAAGCUGGUGUGAAGGGACUGGUAGACGCUGGGGUGGUGAAGGUACCUCGUAUCUUCGUCCACCCUCCUGAUACCCUCCAUGAAGGAUCACCUGAUUCCAUCCGGAGCCAGAGCCAAACCCAUCUCAUAAACCCGAUCAUAGACUUGGCCGACGGCGUCAUCGACAAAGAUAUGAAUUUAAGGAAGGAAAUCAUCGAGAAAGUGCGUCAAGCAUCGGAGACAUCGGGGUUCUUCCAGGUGGUGAAUCAUGGAAUCCCUGUAACUGUUCUUGAUGAGAUGCUGCAAGGGGUUAGAAGGUUUUACGAGCAAGACACAGAGGUGAAGAAACAGUUCUACAUACGUGACUUUGCCAAUAAAAGGGUUGUAUACAAUUCCAAUUUCGAUCUCUACAGCUCUAACGCUGCUGAUUGGAGGGAUACUUUGUUCUGCCUCAUGGGUCCUCAACCUCUCAACCCUGACGAGUUGCCUGAGGCUUGCAGAGAUAUAUUGAUGGAUUACUCAGAUCAAGUUAAAAGGUUGGGGACUAUAUUGUUUGAAUUACUAUCAGAGGCUUUGGGGCUAAAUCCUAACAGGCUGAGGGAGAUGGGUUGUGAAGAUGGGCAUCUCCUUAUCUGUCACUAUUAUCCUGCUUGCCCUGAACCAGAACUGACGCUGGGUGCCACUAAGCAUGCUGACAGUGGUUUCAUCACUAUCCUUCUACAAGACCAUAUUGGUGGACUCCAAGUUCUUGAUCAGAACCAAUGGGUUGAUGUUCCCCCCACACCUGGAGCUCUGGUUGUGAACAUUGGGGAUCUUUUGCAGCUUAUAUCCAAUGAUAAGUUUAAAAGUGCUGAACAUCGAGUAUUGGCUCACAAAGUAGGUCCAAGACUAUCUCUGGCAUGCUUCUUCACAACAAGUUAUCUACCAUCAACAAAGAUCUAUGGGCCUAUCAAGGAGUUGCUAUUGGAGGACAAUCCCCCCAUCUACAGGGAAAUCACAGUCACUGAAUACACUUUACGCUACCUAGCAAAGGGACUUGAAGGGACUUCUACGUUGGAAGAUUUCAAGUUGCAAACUAUAAGUUCAGAAGAUAAGAAAUAGUGAUAGUUUAAAAUAAGAUCCCAAUGAUUUCUAUCAUUUCAUAUGGGAGUAGUGUCCUCCAUGGAUGGCAGUUGUAUGAUUAAUCAAGGUACCAUUAUUGUUUCUUCUUUAAAAGCAUCCAAAAUAUUAACCUGAACUUGAAAAUUGUUUUCCA